UCUAGAACGGACAUGUAAAACAUUAUUUCGACCAAUCACGGUGUUUCGUAACGACUCGUGAACAUCGUGUGUCGCGAUAGUUUGGGAACGCGCAGGGAAGUUAUAACGAUCCUAGAUAUCCGAUUGUAAGAAAAAUGGGAAAGGAGAGACAGUGAGAAAUUGGGAGGACACGUGGGAGUGGGGUGUGGAGCAGACGAAAGAGCAGAAGAAAGGGAAAAUGAGUAAGUCGGAAGAAGACGAGUGGGACAAAGAGUAUUCGCGAAGAAGAAGGAGGAAAGGACAGAGAAUGUUGCCGUGAAAAAAAUUGAAAGGAAGGAAAAUGAGGAGGAAGAUGGCAGUGGUUAGUGCGCAUUUAGUCGCGGUAACUUGGAUACAAUACCGAUCUACAAUACCGAAACGUUCCAAGUUUCGUAAAUCGAUGCAGAAAUUUUCACUUUCGGAAUUCGGACGAACCGGUCAUCGGUACAUUUGAUCGUAAUUUAGAUUCAAUCAUACUCGUAUGUUUACGGAGAGUAUCUUGAUAUCGUUACUUUACGUGACACCUACUUUGGUACAUUGUGCACCGAUAUAUAACGUCGGAGAAUCGAACGAAGAAUUUCUACGAAAAUGUUGUUUGCGCGAUAUCGACCUUAUCGACGACCGUCAAAAUCGAUGCGAUCCGGGGACGUUGAAUCACACAUCGAUAGCGAUGUUGUACCGUUCUUUCGGUAACACGUCCUACACGUUCUGCUGCUCGGUUUGCUCCGAAAAUGCGUUCGAAUUAAGGGUUGAUUCGAAAGAAACGUCGACGGAGCAACAGCGUAAAAACUCGGAGGAGGAGGAAUCUUGUUUCAAAAGAUGCAUCUCCGAUGACCAAACUAUUCGAAUUUGGAAGAAAGAAAAAAAGAACAACGAGGACGAUAAGGAGGAGCAGAAUAAAGCUAGUAACUGUGACAGCGUAUUUAAGUCGUUAAAUUUUUGGGGCGCCAAUAUGGUAGUGUUCGCGAACAUCGUUUACAUCGUUCCGUACACGAUUGUAGUGACAGUGUACUUAACCGUUCUAAGGAAAAGUACACGAGCAUAUCACAGAGCCGUGAUAUGUUACAACGCGACGCAAAUAGUUUUGAACGGAAUCAUAAUCGGUAUGGGUAGUUUCAUUUUAUGCCACGUGUCGAUCCAUUCGAACGUUUACACGAUUCUCGGAUUAACGCUCAUGUUUCUCACGAUAUCUUCGACUUCGUGGCUGUUCGUCAUUUGCAUCGAUAUGACAUUGGUGAUCACGAGAUUUCGAUGGACAUCGUCGAACAGUUCGAGUCAGCAGGAAGAAAAAGGGAAAUUCGUUACGUACGCCGGUUGGACGUGGGGCAGUUCAUUGCUGGUAACGGCUGUAGCCGGAGUCGCGGAUUUGUCCCCGUUGCUACCGAUAUCGUCUCCGGUCAGGCCAAAUUUCAACCGAUUCGACAACGGUCCGAAUUUCGCCGCUAUUAUUUACGUAACGACCAUUCCUUUUUUAACGUGCAUCGCGAACACCGUUCUUUUCUGUUACACUUCCUAUAAAAUGAUACUAAUACAAAAGGCGACGAGACUAGCGACCGAAAACAGUAGCUUCAAAACGAGUACGAUGAAAACGCGAUAUUUCAUUUUCGUGAAGCUUUAUCUUCUUAUGGAUGCACCGUGGUUCACCAGCGCGUUGGCUGCAGUCUUCCCCGAUCUCUGGCUACUGAAAUUUCUACGAAUGAUUCAACCGAUUCUUAUGCUAUGCGCUAUUUUACCGCCGGGAACGAUGUCUCGCGGAUUCGUGACUGUCCGUUCGUUUUUCAAACCGAAGCGCGACUUUCAAAUCGAUCAAGUACCACCGUCUCCCUAGAUCUCUCCUAUUCGUCAUUCUUCUUCUGCUUCGUCGUCUUUAAUUCGAAAAUCUAUCCAUCUUAGCUGCCUAAGCGAUAGAUGAGAGAUCGAGGAUUAAUCGUGUCGUUGUACGCGUGACGCUGUUGAUGGCUGGUGGCUGGUGGAGGACGAUCAACGGGUAACGAGCAACGAGCAACAGGCAAAGUGCAACGACAACUCGCGGCCAACAACCUAUGAUGCACCAAGUACCCGAAGCUCGGCUCUUUAUACUAUCUACCGGAGAGAAAAUCCCUACUACUCCGGUCCAUGCUAGGAACUCGUACUAUGUACGAGUUUGAUGCCGGCGCACAGUUCGUGGGGAUCGAAAGGACGCGUUACUAGCGAUCGUCCAAUUUUGCGCACACGCGUCUACACCCAUACGCGCUACUAUAGACGGCUUAGAUCAUACUAGAUACAAUAAAGUUACGCAAAACAGACAGCUCGGUAUCACGCGAUUCCUUGAGCUACUCCUAGAGUUACGUGACCCAUAUAGACGAAUCGCAGGAUCGACGUUAAGAUUUCGUUACUCAAUGUCGCAAUGAUACCAAUUAUAUUAGUUCACCUUAGUAUCGGUUAACUCGCGAUCUUGUGCCUGCAAACUGUCCCACCGUGUAUUAUAUUUCUCCAUACACGGUUUCGUAAUUUUACCAUAAUUAGGACAACGGAAUUCGAUAUUUUAUCACGGAAUACGCUUUUCUUUUUUAUCUAUCGAUCAAACGUUCGAUCUCUCAAGGUUGUUAUCCGAACGUCGCGUCGUCUUCCGUAAAAAUAUUUACAACAUUUUUCACCGCUGCCACUUUUACCAUCUUGCUACGAAACGUAUGUGAUUCUUUUACGCUGUUGCAAAAUAUAAUCGAUUACUUGUACACUU